AUGUUGGAUUGCAGUUUGGACGACAUACCAGAUCACAUAGAAAAGUGGUAUGCAAACAUUGGCAUUGAAACUCCUUUCGCCAUCCCAAAAGAUUCGUAUAUCAAGGCUUUUGCAAGUGAAUACAUUGGUGAAGAUCAUGUGGCGCUCUGUCAGGCAAUGGACAACACAGUGAACUUCACUUAUUCCCAUUUUCUUCCUAUCGUCCAAUUGUCUGGAAUGGGAAAGUCAAAGGCGGUACUGAAGGUCUCGGAGGAUAGGGUGAUCCUUCAGGCCUGUAUUCGCCCUGGCGACGAAUCCCAAGGGAAUGCAGUCCCUGCUCAAGAUCGGCAGGUCUAUCGCUACCUGACAAGUGCCCCCAAACCUUGUGAGGGCAAAGAUUGUAAGAACUACUUUGCGGCAUUCUUAGUUGCCCUAUUCAGGUCCACCUUCAAAAUCAUGCAUAACCAUGGGCUGGAAGACGAAAAGUGUGCCACCAAACACCUUUUGACAGUGUUCACUGAUAAUUGCACGUGCCAUCAGUUCUGGGAGGACGUGGUUGCUGCCGCUGAAGGGCUCAGGGGAGGACAAGUCACAGUAUCCUGCUUGGGAUUCUAUGCCCCAAAAGAAGAGAUGAGCAAGAAAUAUCAACAAGGCUUCCCAUUGUUUCUAUGCCUUCAUGAAGCCCACUCACUCUUCAGAACUAGUGACAUAGCAAGCAAAGAACCCACCUUGUACUCCCAGUUGAGGUCUGCCGCUGCGGAUCUCUGCGGCUGUGACUACUUCCGCUUCAUUGUGCUGUCUACUUUCUCCGGUCUCCACACAGGCACCUCCUUCAGACGUGGCCCCGUUUCCCUUGAAGAAUGUAACAGGAUUGACUUCAUAACCACUUUUGGAUGUCCUUUGUGGCAGACCUUUUUCAAUGUCAAUGGGCCUGAUCUUCCUCAUCUGAUGGAUAUGAUAAAGACAAAGAUCCUUUGUUGGGGGUGGCCUGAAAUAGAGGGCAAGUCACCAGUGGCAGCUGCCAUCCUCACCAUCCUUUCCUCAAGGCUUUAUCUCACGGCUGCUGUAACCCCUGUGGCUCAGAGAAAUUUUCUUCUCAGGUUCACCAAAACUGACUCAAAACCUUAUUUUUGCUUCUGGGAUCAUGUAAUUGGCCACAUUGCGAAGCAUGAAAACCAUGGUGGCCACAUUGGCGAGCUCAUCAGCCGCACCUUCAGCAUUGACGCCAUGGAUAGGGUUAUCCUCGAAAAAUACCCCUCAGAGGCCACAGAUCCACCUGUUUUGGGAAGCUGA